AAGCAGCAGCAUCAACAAUAUCAAGCAGAGCAGCAAGCGAUAAAUAAAUCCAAGUUCAAAAUCUAUCCUGAAUUCAACAAUAGUAGGAAAAAUUACUAAAAUGUCUGCGACUAUAGUACAGAAAUCUACGACAGUUGGAAAUUCGCAUUAUUUCGAGUGCGGCGACAUAUUCCAAACGGUGGCCAGCGAUCGUGAUCGCGAACAUCUCCAGCAGCAACAGCAGCAGCAAGUGGAGCUUGUCCUGGACAGGAGCAACAGGGAGCAGCAGCACCAGCAGCAGCAUCGCCUGCAUGGCGCCCUCACACGCACCAUUUCACAGCCGGCCCAGCGCCAGCAACAGCAGCAGCUGAUGCAGCAGCAACAGCCAGUGUCCAAUCUGGUGACCAUCAUCGAGAAUCUGGGCAACAUGAACCUGCACCGCAAGCUAGAGCGCACACAGUCGGAGCCACUGCCGCAGCAGCCCAUGAAUACAUCCAGAUACAAGACGGAGCUAUGCCGCCCCUUUGAGGAGGCCGGCGAGUGCAAGUACGGGGAGAAGUGCCAGUUUGCUCAUGGCUACCAUGAGCUGCGCAAUCUGCAGCGUCAUCCCAAGUACAAGACCGAGUACUGUCGCACCUUUCACAGUGUGGGCUUCUGCCCCUAUGGGCCACGUUGCCAUUUUGUUCACAAUGCGGACGAGGCAAGGGCCCAGCAGGCAGCCCAGGCAGCCAAGUCGUCGUCGUCGUCGUCGUCAUCGUCGUCGUCCUCGUCCUCGUCCCAGUCGCAGCAGCAGCAACAGUCACAGUCACAGUCGCAGUCGCAGAUUUUCUCCUCAAAGAACAGUCAGAGCCAAGGUAACAGCAACAUCAGUAGCAACAGCAGCAGCAGCAACAACAGCAGCAGCAGUCAGUUCUUCCUGCCGCUAAGCCCACCGCUAAGCAUGAGCACCGGCUCUGAUAGGGAAUCACCCACUGGAUCUCUGUCGAUGAGCCCCGCCAAUUCGCUGACCAGCUUCCCCUUCCACGAGGCCAUGUCGCUGCAGCAUCAUCGCAUGGCUCUGGCCCACGGCAAUGGUGGUGGGGCUAGCAAUAGUUCCGCCUCAUCCACAUCCUCGGCCUCGGGUCUGGGUCUGGGCAUGGUCAUGGGUCUGGGACAAAGCUUGGGACAAGCCACGCCCCCAGAGUCACCUAAUGUGCCCAUUUCGCCAGUGCAUACACCGCCGCCAUACGAUGUGGAGGCCACAAACAACGGCAAGCAGUUGCUCCAGAAGAGCGUCAGCACACCGAUGCAGCAGGAGGAGUCACAGACGCAGCCCAGGCUGCCGGUCUUUAAUCGAUUGAGCUCGGCGGUGGAGGUAUUCCAGCAUCAGUCCAAUUUGGGGCUUUAAAGGAGCAACGAGAAGAACUCAAACAUCCUUUUCCUUCCACAAAAACCCGCAUCCCUCCAUUGAGAAAAGAAAAGAAAAGUGAACCCACAAAGUUAGC